AUGAAGGGCGCGUUCCAGCAGUUUCGCAUAUCAAAGCCUCCACCACGAAACGGCCGUCGCACACAACAACAGUCGCAAUCCACUGGUACUUCGGACCCACCAUCGGUUUCCGCGUCGCAGUCAACUCCAGAUGAGUUCGAAGAGUCUUCGCGAUACUCUGCACAGUUUGCCUGCGGGCGUUGUCGGCGAUUAAAAAAAAAGUGUACCCGUACGGCGGAAGGGUCAUGCAGUCUAUGUCUUGCAGCUUGGCUACCAUGCUCUUUUCCCAAGUCUAUCCAAAAGGCCCAGGAACGCGAGAAGGCGUUUCAAGAACGCAUUUCAUGGCUCUCUCGCUUCGUGAAUGAGGCCCGACCCCCCAACUCAGUCCCCGUUGAGUUGAUUGAGACCGGCCAGGACAUCAUCACAACUUCAAUUACCCCUCCUAUCCCUACCGAGCAGGCCCCCAUUGCCAGUGACUCCUGGACUGUGUACAGCCAUCAGCAAGAACUCUUGCUUGGUUUUGGGAAAACCCUAAAAGGUUAUCCCAAAACCAUCAACCCGCCAUGUCUUCUCGAUAAAGCUACAGGCACGCGCCUCGUAGAUGCGUACUUUCGCCACGUCCAUCGUGCCUAUCCCUUUCUAGAUCGCCAUGAAAUGGUACGAUGCAUGAUUUCCUGCUUCCUAUCGGCGACCAACGAUACCAUCUUGCUGGAAAUAUCACGUAUCCCAACUCGCCUUGCUGUGGUCAUGGCUAUUGGUCGUACAACACUGCAGCGAGUAAACGAAAUUGGUAAUACGUUAGUUCCCUUUUUCAACAUCCCGGAAAAGGAGAUCAUUCACGAUUGCUUGUGCAAAAAUGACCUCGCAUCCUUGGAGAUCCUGACCUUGCUUACCUUAUAUUCUCUAUUUGAACCCAACAGCGUACCACCAGGUUCAAUUACAGGAAUUCUGACGCGCAAGGUAGUCUCUAUGGGUCUUAUACGAGAUAGCGGUUCUUCUUGUGAAAUAUCUCAGGUCGAAUUGGAACGUCGCCGGCGACUCUUUUGGUCUGUAUAUGUGUUAGAUCGCAUGAUCAGCGUCUCUUACGGCCUUCCACCUGGUAUCAGCGAUGAUGAUAUCGCCGUUCCGCUGCCAAGCAUCACCGUCGACGAAUAUGCAUCCUCAGACCGAUACAGCUAUGCCAUGACUCUACAGGUGAAUCGACAUGUCGUCUCUUUACGACGCCUUGAAGGAAGAAUCAUGCAGAAAAUCCAUCUAUUAUCCUCACAGAGACUGGCUGCGAUGAGUUCGCCCAUUUCAACGUCCUAUUAUGAGGACACUCGCCGUGAAAUAGACGACUGGUAUACGCAAGGAUGUCUCAUGUCUAGCUCAGCAAUGAAUAACACCGAUCAUCUGCCUUUUCAUAACACUAUUACAUGGCAUAACGUACGAUAUCAAAACCUUUACGUUUUGCUAUAUAGCCCUUCUAGGUUCAAUGUGGAACGUUCCUUGGAUGAAAUUGAAGAAUUGCAUUCUGCCGCACGCAAUGACAAUAAGUCUCGAAACUAUAUCUUGCCAUGGGAAUCCCCGAAUUCCACGACAGGAGGAGAGUCGACCUUAUAUGGAAUGGCUAACGACGUGGCUCUAUGUGCAAGGGUUUUGGAAUCCUUCUCGGAAGAUUGGGGAGCCGCUAAACGCGCAGCAGGCGUCUUGCAACGAUUCUCUGGAUAUGUAACAGAACAGCAAUCGACAUCCUUCGUGGAAACAACACCCCGUGCUGACCAAGGUCUUCAAUCUUUAGCUCGACAUUACGAUCCUGUUCUCGAUGCCGUGGUUGGCGCAUCCGUGCUGGACGCUCCCCUGAAUGACCGGCAGUUGCUUCCGCUGCAGACUAUUCGUAGAGAAAUCCAAGAAUUGAUUAAGGACACGCUUGGAGAGACCACGAUUUAUUCCCACGCAGUAAAAGAGUUUGAGUCCACGUCCAGGCUGAUGAAAACUGACGACGGGCCCAGGUUGUUUCCCGCCGAGAAGUAUGGAGCGACAUCGCUCGCAGUCAGUGACUUCCCAGACCCAGAUGCCUCAGCGGAUAAGUCAGGUCGCAUUACGAGCUCUUGGCCGGAUUUCAUGGAUGACCUGGGUUUUGGGGUUCUUUAA